CGUUUUGUCAGUUGUCGUUCGACGCCGCGACGUGAUUCUUGAAUUCAUUCUUCCUUCUCGGUGGUGCUUGUGUGAUACUACUGUGAAAACCGACGAACAUACACAGUGUCAGUGUAAAAAAAACAGACAGAAAACGGUUUUAGUGUAAACAAUCGACGACGACUCUUGCCUUUUGAGGUUUUAUUCGUUCAACACAUAAUAUCGCAUAAAAGUGCUGCCUCGGAACUGAAUUUGCAAAUUUGAAAACCAAAAGCACAAGGAGGCAAAGAACAAAACAACCACAAAAGAGCGAGUUUAACUCCAAAUUGAAAACGUGUCCGUUCCCCUUAAUAAAACAAAAACAUAAAAACGAAACCACCACAAACAAACGUGAAAUAAUUCUCUCGGAAUUAAACAGCUAUUGAAAAGACACUCGUUUUAAUUCAUCCCAAGUUAGUGCGCGUGUGUAAUGGCGUUUUUGCGUUCCGUUUGUGCUCAACGUACCAAUUUAGUUUAUAGUUGUAGCGGCAGUGGCAGUCUCAGCGCUGGUAGACGUCAAUACCAAAGUGGCCCCAAUAAAUCAGCAGCAGCGGCAGUAGCAUCCUCCAAUGUUUGCCAAACCUCAAAUGACGAGGAAUCAAGCUACUCCCCUAAGCAACAUCAGCAAUCAUUGAGAAAACGGGUAUUCCAACAAGUGCUGUUUGCUCCCGCCUUCAAUCAGCAACAGUAUUACCAACAACGUGGCAUCCAUACAAAUGAUACCAAAUCUCAGGUGACUGCAACACAGUCCCUUGGCAGCGAUGCCAAGUCAUCUUCAGGUUACACCUCUAGCUAUAGACCACCACCCAGGCCAAAGAUACCCGAAAAUCCCCAACGUGAUCCAUUGGAUGUCAGUUUCAACGAUCCAAAUGCGGCAUUCAAGAGCAAGACAACAUGGGAGCUAGUCCGUGCCUAUCUUGUCUAUAUAAUUUGCUCCAGCGAAAAACUAGUCGAACAUAAUAUGAAGCUUAUGAAAGUGGCAAAUACAAUACUGGGAGAUAAAUUGUUUACAGCUCUAAUGAAGGCAACAUUCUAUGGACACUUUGUUGCUGGCGAAGAUCAAAUCAAAAUCAUACCAACACUCGAAAGGUUGCGUUCUUUUGGUGUUAAACCCAUUCUGGAUUACUCGGUUGAAGAGGAUCUCUCACAAGAGGAAGCUGAGAAACGUGAAGUUGAAUCUUCCGUAUCCAGCAUGGCCCCUGCCCCUGCCGGUGAUGAAGAAGCAACCCUGCCUCAAUAUAAAAUCGAUAAAACAUUUGCCGAUCGUCGCUUCAAGGUCAACAGUGCCAGAACCUACUUCUACUUGAACGAAGCCACUUGCGAACGCAACAUGGAAACCUUCAUCAAAUGUUUGGAAGCCGUUUCAGUCGACGAUAAGAAGUAUUUCCCUCGACGCACUUCUGAGGGCGCUACCUUUGGUACCGGCAUCACAGCCAUUAAAUUAACCGCCCUGGGUCGUCCUCAACUAUUGUUGCAAUUGUCUGAGGUUAUUAUGCGCACACGUAAAUACAUGGAAGACAUGGUCGGUGGUCAAGGCAAUGUCUUGACACAUCAUAAGACGAUUAAGGACUUGGAGAAGUACUACGAAAGUUUGGGUGAUAAUAAGAAUGUUAAAGAAUUCUUAAAGAAUGUUACCUCCGAUAAAGAAGGUAUUUUGCACUUGUUCCCCUGGUCUGGUAUUGUCGAUGAAAAUUCACAGCUCAGUGACACCUUCAGAGUACCCGAUCCAAAAACCGGUCAAAUGCGUCGUUUGACCUCACAAAUUCCACAUAAGGAAGAAGAAAUGUUUAGAAAUAUGAUUCGUCGGUUAAAUACCAUUGUUAAGACUGCUGCUGAAUUGGAUGUCCGUAUAAUGAUUGAUGCUGAACAAACUUACUUCCAGCCAGCUAUUUCACGUAUUACUCUUGAAAUGAUGCGUAAAUACAAUAAAGAUAAGGCCAUUGUAUUCAAUACAUACCAAUGCUAUUUGCGUCAAGCAUUCAGUGAGGUUAAUACCGAUUUGGAGCAAGCUAAGCGUCAAAACUUCUACUUUGGUGCUAAAUUAGUGCGAGGUGCUUACAUGGAACAGGAACGUGCCAGAGCAGAAGCAUUGGGUUAUCCCGACCCAGUGAAUCCUGAUUUUGAUGCUACCACAGAAAUGUACCACAAAACUUUAACUGAAUGUUUGAGACGAAUUAAAAUACUCAAAGAUAAUGGUGAGGAUGCCAAGAAAAUUGGUAUUAUGGUAGCAUCUCACAACGAAGACACUGUUCGCUAUGCCAUCCAGAAGAUGAAGGAAAUUGGAAUUUCUCCAGAGGACAAAGUCAUAUGUUUCGGCCAAUUAUUGGGCAUGUGCGAUUAUAUUACUUUCCCAUUAGGUCAAGCUGGUUACUCGGCCUAUAAGUAUAUACCAUACGGUCCAGUACAAGAAGUCUUGCCAUAUCUCUCGCGCAGAGCACAAGAGAACAAGGGCGUUCUGAAGAAAAUCCAAAAGGAAAAGCGUUUGCUGCUUGCCGAAAUCGCACGACGACUCGUACGCGGUCAAUUGUUCUACAAACCCAAGGGCAACUAUGUACCCAUAUAAAUCAACAAAAACAAUACAACUACAACAACCUACCACUCCUGCUCACCCUUAGAAAAAACAAAAGAAAAGAAAACACACUCAUACAUCUACAAAACCACACAAACACAGUAUCUCAUUCACUAAAAGCGUCGAUUACUAUUUAAAAGGAAAACUUAACUUAAUUCAACUUAACCCGACAAGCAUACACACUGAAAUCUUUAAAACCCGUAACCCACUCUAGACUCGGACUAGGUUCACAUUGAAGCAGAUUGGGGACAACUGCGGCCUUGUUCCGCAAAAAACAAAAAUGAAUUAAAUAAAUUCUUUGUAAAUAUAUGGUACUGCAGGUGGCUUAAUCUGUUGCGCUGUGAACCUGUGAAAGAAGAUGUUAACGAAUAACAAACGAAAUAAAACCUUUGGACCCACUUCUACUAGACUCAGACAUACAUCUAAACCCAUAUCCAUUGAUCCAUCCAUCCUGGGUAGGGUAAAGAGAACUAUUGGAGUUUUUUGUUCUUUUUUCUACCAAAAUCUCCCUCCUAAAACAAUGCGAAUAACAAUAAUGGAAUUUUUGAAAAUUGUAUAAAUGCGAAUAUUGUUUUGUUUGGAAAAAGACAUCGUCAAGGAUAAUAAAUGUGCCCUCUCAUGUUAACAUGCCCAAGGCAGACAUAAUAUCCCACACUAUA